GAAGGAGGGGCAGGGGCAUAAAAGGAGGGUUGCAAACAUAGAAGAUUGAACGAGGGUGAAGCAAGAAUGAGGGAAGGGAGGAGCGCAGAGACAGGAGCAAAGGGCCGGCAGUGGGGCGGCCGGUGGAGAAUAGAUAGAUCCUCUGAACUUAUCAAGGACAAUCAGAGAAAGAUCGCUACCUUGUGAAGUAAGCUCCCUUGACAUGUGCGGCUGAUGAACUGUGUCAGAUGCUCAAGAGCAGCUCGGGUUCGAUGGUUCCAGGGUCUGACAACUACUGGAAGGCUCUGCAGCCCCACCGCAAGCUCGACCAGGAGGAAGGGUUGUCUCAGUCGAGGAGGUUCAUCAUCCAGUCAUACGGGGACGGCAACGGGCUCUGGGGAUCGAAGAGUUCUGGUGGAAGCGACUCGAACUGGUAGAAAGUUCCUCCCCCCUCUUAUUGUUUUGUAAAUACCUACUCCAUCCCUUCUCCGCCAGCACCACCACCACCACCACCACCACCACCUCCUCCUCCUCCUCCUCCUCCUCUUUAUCCUCCUCCUCUUUAUCCUCCUGCUUCUCUCUAUGUACAAGUCUACAGCACUUCAGAACAGUCUGUUCCAGAAGGUAGCGUUCUGCGUUGAGAUCGGGGCCUCGUGGUCCAUGAGCAGCGCCGAUGUCCGCGCAGACGCGUCCUCCCUCCCAUCCUCCCUCACGGAGAUGCGCGACAGGUUGAACUUGCCCAGCUCGGCAGGAGCCGGAGGAGGAUCAUGCGGGCUGUUCCCUGCCCGUCCCGCCGCCUGCCCCGCUCGGUCCGCUGUUUGCGCGCUCCUUCCCGCCAUCGUCUCUGCCGCCGCGGCCACCAUGUCCCUCUCCCGCCAUGGAUACUCCGACAAGUCAGAGCCUCCCCCCCCCGCCACGUCAGAGGACCAGAUGCGGGAGGGGUCCGGGGCAGUGGGAGGGCGGGGGUGCGAGCCCCAUGCUCCGAGGUCGCGCUCGUCGUCGAUCCUCGAGGGUCUGUGAGGACGUUCCAGCUGCUUGUCCGACCCCUUCCUGUCCUUCUCGCUCGCUGCCGCCUUGUGUGACUUGCUGUGAUGCUUCGCCUCCCCCUCCCCCUUCCUCGUCGGCGCCA